GUAAGCAGUUUUUAUCAUAUUUUUAAUAGAACGACUUCGUGGUUAUUUUCUCUACUGAAGAACAAAAGUUACUAUAGUUUUAGUGUACGCGAAAAUUAAUUUUAAAUUCAAAAUUAAGUCAUUUUUAAAUCUUGCUGUAACUUAUUAAAAACUUGUAGUGCACAUUCCACCCUCUUUGGCUAUUGUAAAUGGCACUAACAUAACUACUCCUAAACCAUAUUACGUGUAUUUAGUUAAAGCAUCUUUGUCAGAGAGGAAUUAUGAUCACUGGCUAUGCGGUGGCGCUAUAGUGACCAAAGACUUUGUGAUCACAUCAGCAGCUUGCGUGGAAGAUGUAGACUAUCUGUACGUAGUAGCAGGAUACAACAAAUACGUUGUCGAUGAAGAACUGGAGGAAGAUGAAUGCACGAAAAAGAUGAAAAAACGUGUCAUUUACACAUGCGUUCCUGUAUCGUACAACUUCGAUUUCGACCUGUUAGAGAAAUGGUCUUACAUAGACAUCGCAUUGGCGAAAGUUGAUUCUGCUUUUGAUUUUGAAGACCCUCUUUAUGAACAAUUAUGCUCCUACAAGCCAGCUAUAAUACCAAUCAAUUACGAUCCGAAAUAUCAAGCAACUAAUAUCGACUCUAUGGUGAUGGGGUUUGGACACAAAUCGAUUUGGCGUAAGCAUGGUGAUUUAGAAAACUACAACGUACCAUUUUUGCAAUUUACUCCCACGCUCAUUAUGGACAAAAAGGACUGUAUGAAAGAAUACGAAGUUUAUCCCAACAUGACGUAUGUCAUUGAGCAAUAUAUGAUAUGUACUUUAGAGAGUGGCAAUAUAGAUGAUAGAGGAGAACAAAUUAAUGACGAUUUUACCAAGAUGGAAGGAUGUUCGCCAGCUGAAUCUAGAAAAAAUGGGGCAGAUAAUCUAUGUGAAGACUACAAUGACAAAGAAUUCAAUUAUCGAAGAGAUAAUGAUAUAAUCUAUAACUAUACAUCAUACGACUAUAUAAAGCGUGCUGCUGAAUUGAGAUACGCAAACCCAACCCGAAGAAAUGGAAUUUGUCAGAAUGAUCACGGUGGUCCUCUUGUCACUUGGGUGGGAAGUCGAGAAGUAGUAAUUGGUAUAGCAUCAGUGUUUAAAAUAACUGAAGAAAACGCAUGUAUUGGACCGUUUUUGUACACCAGUACACAAUGUAACUCAGCUUUUUUGGAUUGUGUUUUGAACAAUCCUUACUGGGUAGAUAAAUCUGGUGCUAUAAGGCCUGAAAAACCGGAGACACCACCGGAGACACCACCUGAGACACCACCCGACACACCACCGGAGCCAAAACCGAAAGAGAAACUUCAUUAUAGACGACGAUUAGAUCUAUGCGACAGUCCACCAAGCGUGAAGGGUUUUGAUAUCGUAAGAAAUCAUAUUUCGUGGAAGGAUCAUCCAGCAGGACCUGCACAAAAUGAACUGCCGGCAGCAAAAUAUGUGAGGAACCAGAACACAGCAUUAAAUCAACAAUAUGACCAGACUCAACAAUUUGUAACAAAUAAUCAAUAUUCAGGUCAACAAUACCAAACAAAUGAACAAUUUGCAAGGCAACGAGAAGCAACGAAUGUACAAUUUAUAGAAAGGCAAAAUAAUGCAGCUAAUGUUCAAUUUCAAAGACAAAACAGUACACAAUAUGGAGCGACGCAAAUGAAAACUGCGAAUGAACAAAUUGCGAGACCAAGAUACACAGCUACACAAAAUAAUGCUGGUAACGAACAAUCUGUAGCAAGUCACAAUCAUUUAAGGAUUGGAAACCCUAAUGAGCAAAAUGGGCAACCAGAUCUUAACGAACCCAAUGUAAGAACUGAUCAAUUUCAACCUUAUCAACAAAAUCCGCAACCUGUACAAUUUGAUCGUGACCAACAAAAUCCAGUCAACGUGCAAUUUAUUCCUAAUCAACAAGCUACAGCUAAUGGCCAAGUUCAAUAUAAUCAACAAAAUAUAAUGUAUGCGACCAAUCAACAAAAUGGCCAACAAAAUGUGGGAUAUGGACAAUAUUCUCCAAAUCAGCAAGUCAUGUCAAAUGCGCAACAAAAUUAUGCCAAUGAACAGCUUGUUCCUAAUCAACAAAGUAUACCAAAUGGACAGUUAGUAGCAAAUCAGCAAAAUACAGCAAAUGCUCAAUACAUAUAUAACUCACAAAAUACAGGCAAUCAGUUUGCACCUAAUACAGGAGAUUUAGCUAAUAUGCAAAAUGGACCUAACCAACAAAAUGUAGUAAACGGACAGUAUAAUCCAAACCAACAAGGUGUGGGUAACCAAGUAAUGCAAAAUACAAAUAAUAAUGAUAAUAUACAAUAUUACAUCAAAGAUAGAUAUCGUCCUGAGGUUGAAGGGUUUCCUAGCGAUUAUAGAAUACCACAAGAAAGGUACCAGGGAAACAGAAUGGUGGCAAGAAUUGGAGAUGAAUACGGUGACGCAAAUUACGCUAUAGUCAACCAAGCCACGAUGCCACCGCAAAAUCUUCUUUAUGGAUACGGCUAACGUUGUAUUUCAGUACUAAUUGUUAUUUUUGUUUAAUACA